GUUGGAUCGUUAGGCCCAAUGGAUGGUGUUGCCAAUGAACAUUUUGCUGCAAUCAAACUGCAACAUGAAAUUGAUUUGGAUGACUUAACAGAUGAACAAAAGUGGCGAAUCGAACAUGCAAAAUUACAUGAGAAACAUCGUGGACAUGAAGAAAUGCAUAUAGAAAUGUUUUUAAUUCUUAUAGUUACACUUGUUGUCGCACAAAUUGCACUUGUACAGUGGAAAAAACGCCAUUUCAAAUCUUAUCAGUUAUGUACAUUGUUGGGAAUGUGGUUGAUACCAGUAUUUGUAUGUGUGCAACGGGCAUGGUGGCGAUUUCUUAUCACCUGGAUUUUAUAUUCGGUAUUUUCUACAAUAAUCUGGUAUAAGGCUACUCGCCCACAAAUUUCUGGAACAACUCCUAGACUAGUUUAUAAAUGGUUUUUGUUUUUACAUAAUAUUAGUUAUGUACUUGGAAUCGCUGGGUAUUUGCUCAUUAUGUUUACGCUUCUUGGUCUAAACGUUAUUUUUAAUUUUAAACCUAAUGUUUGUAUGGAUGGCGGAUUGCUUUUGUUAUUUUAUGGUCUAUAUUAUGGUGUGCUAGGGCGCGAUUUUGCUCAUAUAUGCACCGAUCGAAUUGCUUGCAAAAUUGGAUAUUAUACACCCGAUGGUUUGCCCAAGCGAAUUUUGGAAUCAGACGUAUGUGCUGUCUGUGACAAUCAUUUAGAAGGCAAUGAAUCACAAGCUGAAGUUGAAACAACAUAUCGGCUUUCUUGUGGACAUAUUUUCCAUGAAUUUUGCAUUCGUGGAUGGUGUGUCAUAGGAAAACAACAAACAUGUCCUUAUUGUAAAGAAAAAGUUGAUUUAAAGCGGAUGUUCAAAAAUCCUGUUUUUCACAGUUGGGAAAAGCCGCAUCUCUUCUAUGGGCAGUUAUUGGAUUGGAUUCGUUAUUUAGUUGCUUGGCAGCCUCUUAUAAUAUCCAAUUCUAUGUCUUCGGCAUCAAUUAAUAUACCAAAAAAGUUGGAAUUUGAUAUACAUAUCUUUAAAGUGCAAUAUGGGUUGAUCAUCAAGAAAAAAAAUUUAGAAUUUUUGGAAACGUCGAAAGUUCGUCCUAUAUCUGUUGCUGCCUUUGCUGAUUCGGAUGAUAAUGAUACUGUGGACACUCAUGUAAUGUGCUCUGAAAAGCCAAGUUCAUCCGUAAUUCGAAUGCAGAUGCAGGCACAACGUCAAUAUGAGCGUGCCUUAGCUGAAGAUCCAACGGUAUUUGAUUAUGAUUCAAUUUAUGACGAGUUAAAAGCAGAGAAGAAUCAGAAAAUCGUUGAAAAAAAAGCGGCGGAUAAACAACGUAAACCAAAAUACGCUCAACAAAUAAUUCAAGCUCAUAAACGGCGUAUAUUAGAACAGCAGAGUCGAGAGGAACGUAAGCAAAUUAAAGAACGUGAAGCCGAAAACGGAAAAUUCGAUGAUAAAGAGGUUAUUUUACUUUGA